AUGGAUAUUUCUACCACUCACUCGACCCUCACCACUAUUGGCGGAUGGGUGGUCAUUAUUGGAGUUGGCGGACUUGUCUGGUACCGUAACAAGCAAAAGCAGCAACAAAAGCGAACUGAACGUCGUGGUUCUUUCACUAGACAGUCAGGAAAACAAAAUGAAGUCGACUUGGGAAUCGACACUAAGAAAAAGACGGAGAAGCCCACAAAGCCAAAACCAAAGCCGAAAGCCCCGACAGAUACACCAACUCAGCCUGUUCCAUCAAAUGUAGAUUAUAAUCGCGAUGAGGUUGAGGCUGCAGAUAAGAAAGCCGACCGGGAGUUUGCUCGACAAUUAGCCAAUGCUCAUACAGGAACCAAAUUCAACACUAAGAAGUCGGAUGAGAAGAAACAAAAGUCUGUUAAGCAAUCUAAGGCUCAGGAGAUUUCCGAAGUACAGGCUGGAAAGAUAUCGGUUCCCUCCUCCCACGCCGGCGAUGCCGAUGAUGAUUUGUCUUCUCAAGCCUCUCCCGUUGUUGUAGCUGCUGAUGGCCGAGAUGUAUCAGACAUGCUCGAAUCCACUGCCUCCGGUCCCUCCGUCCUCCGUCUAACUGAUGUCGACUCUGUCAAGAAGCCCAAGGAGCGAAAGCAGAAGGCACCCGAAGUAGUUGAGACAAAGAAGCAACGUCAAAACCGAAAGAAGGCCGAGGCUGCUAAGGCUGCCCGUGAGGAGGAAGAGAAGGAGCGAAAGGUUAAGUUGGAACAGCAACGACGAACUGCUCGUAUUGCCGAAGGACGCGCUGCUAAGGACGGCUCUACCUUCGUAGCCAAUACUCAAAAUGCCUGGAAUGGCAAGCCUACUAACGGCGACGACAACACCGUCCAACCCUUAGAUACAUUUGACGAGAAGCCGAAGGCAGAGCCAGCGAAGGCUGCCAAACCUGCUAAGCCUACCGUUACGAAGGCUACUGAAGCCGCCAAGGAGAAAUCCGACCCUUGGAUUGCUGGUGUACCAUCUGAGGAGGAGCAGAUGGAGAUGCUUCGACAAGAGGACUCGUGGAACGAGGUCAAGACGAAGAAGAAGGGAAAGAAGAAGGACGUGUCCGGUGAGACGUCCACAGCUUCAGCACCGGCCACAAAUGGUGGUAGUACUCCGACUGCCAAGCCAUCGGCCCCAGUCAACGGCACCAACAAGAAGCCGAUCCUAACCAGCAGCAGCUCUUCUUUUGCUGCUCUCACUCCUGAGGAGACUGACGAUAAUGAUGAGGAAGAGUGGGAUGUAUGA